GUUUAGGCGGCCGCAACCCCGGGAGGGAUGAGGAAGGCGGAGGCGCGGUAGCUGCUUCUCCAGGGACCUGUGGGAUUUAAGAAUAUCUCUCCUAAGAAAAUUUGCUGCUUCUACAGCCUUCCAUCUUAGUGUGCAAUUGAUGACUUCACUUGAAAUGCCUAUCUGAAGAAACUAACAGUAGGCAAAGUGUAAUUGCUUUAUAAAAAUGUUAAAAGUUCAGCAGUGUGUAACAGCUGACAGGAUACACAAAAAAAAGCCAUAUAUUUGUGACAUUUGCUAUAAACAGUUUGAAACUCCAUCAAAAUUAGCUAGGCAUUAUCUGAUACAUACUGGUCAAAAGCCAUUUGAAUGUCAUGUAUGCCAUAAAACAUUUAGGCAGCUGGUCCACCUGGAGAGGCAUCAGUUAACCCAUAAUCUGCCUUUUAAGUGUAUUGUUUGUUACAGAAACUUCAAAAACUUAAUCACUUUCUUAAAGCAUCAGCAGCUUCAUAAUGAAAAUUAUCAGAAUGAUACCAAGCAAGCAGAAAACUCUGUGAAUUCUGAGCAAUACAGAGUCACUUGUGGCAUAUUUCGAUGUUCCAUGUGCUGGAAAUCUUUUACAACUGAAGAGAGGUGGAUGCUGCAUCAGUGUCUGAAGGCAGAUAGCCUACAUGGUGCCAGAAGGAGAAAGCAAACUCAUGCUUGUGAAUCGUGUAACAAGACAUUUCCAUCAAGAUCUAAGCUAGAAAGACACUUCCUUAUUCACACUGGCCAGAAACCUUUUAAGUGUUCUUCAUGUGGUAAAUCUUUCAGACAGUCAACACACUUGAAAAUCCAUCAGCUCACGCACACAGAAGAAAGGCCUUUUCAGUGCUGCUUUUGUCAGAAGCGGUUUAAAAUACAGAGCAAACUCAUGAAGCACAAACAGCUCCAUGCCAGAAAUAAGACUUUACCCAAUAUUAUGUACAAAGCAAAGACUCUUAAAUAUCCCAGACCACGCAACCUGUUGGAAGGAAAAAGGGAUAGUUUUGAGAAUGCUGCCACUUACGAGUCGCAGGAGAAUGACCCAUGUGAUGUUCACUCGAUUUAUAUUGUACCCUUUCAGUGCCCAGCUUGUGAGCAGUGUUUUGAAACGGAACAGGUUUUAAAUUUGCACAAAUGUUGUUAUCUGAGAGAUGACAAAAGUUCAAAGAAUGGUACAACAGCAUGCAGCCAUGCAGUCAGCGUGAAAAAUAAGAUCCUGAUGAAGCUGAAGCAUACUGGAGGAAAGGCAACAGAUUUUUCUCUGACUGACAGAAAAAAAAAAAAAUCAGGUCACUUUAAAAGUCCUGACCUGGUUGCAGCUAGAGAUCAGUGUUCUGAUCAGCACGCUUCCACUAAACCUUUCAAGGAUUGCCAUAGCAAGCUUGACAUGCACAAGGCACUUAGUAAUCGGAUGAAAAGAAUGUUUACUGUGCCAUUACGUUGGCAAGAGCACCCACAACCUCACGACUUUGCAAUUAAUUUAAAAGGUAUGCUUACUGGUGAAAGCAUGUUAAACAUCAAUGAUUCACCGGAUAAUAAGGAUGAUGCUUUUUAUGGUUCAUCAGAUGAUGGUUUCUUUGAUAAUCCAGAAGUACUUCACUGUGCUUUUUCAGCUUCUGCUAAAAAUACACAUAACAGACACAAAGUGUGUAAAUGUGACAGAUGUGAAAAAAUCUUUCCGUCUUCCUCCAAACUUCAAAGACAUUACCUUAUACACACGGGACAGAAGCCCUUUGGCUGUAAUGUUUGUGGGAAGACAUUUAGACAGUCAGCUCACUUAAAAAGACAUCAGCUCACCCAUACUGAAAAGAGACCCUGUAAAAGCCCCGUUUGCCAGGUAGAAUGUGAAAAUCUGAACAAACUUUUCAAUCAUCAGGGAGAUCACAUUGAAUUUAAGUCUUCUCAGCCCGUGGGUUAUUCAGGUUAUUCUCAAACACCUUCACAGGCAUCUGGCUUUCAAGAAUUUGAGCUGAUUCAGUCAAACCAAGCAGCUGAAAUCAAAGUUGAAAUCGAGUCAGGGGACUUUGUUCUUGACACCAGCAGUAGAAACACACAGCCAUAUUUGUGUAGUAAAUUGUUGGGAACAGAGCAAAGCUGUUACAGCUGUUGGCAUGAUUUUUCUGAAUGUACUGAAAAAAGUGAAGUUGUUAACAAAUUGUAUCAAUGCAGUAUCUGCUUUAAAACUUUUAAAUCGCCUUCUAAGCUUGAAAGACAUUACCUAAUGCAUGCUGGACAGAAGCCGUUUGAAUGUUUAGUUUGUGGUAAAAAUUUCAGACAGGCCCCACAUUUGAAAAGACAUCACCUUAUUCACUUCAAAGAGAGCUUAAAGCUGAGUACCACUGAGCAACAACCAGAGAAUAUAUUGUUUUUAUCAAAACUCGAUAAUGUCCUAUGAAAUUCUAUAUUAAA